AUGGCAGAAAUACGGUACGAAUUACUCCCAUACAUAGAUGCUGAACCUGCGGAAGAGGACAUGCUGGUGGUGGAACAGAGCAUAAGGAAGGAGCUUGUCGGGAUGGAUACGAGCUCACUUCACCCCGAAGUAUCUGAAUCCAAAGCAACAAAGUUCGGGUCUAUGAUAGAAUCGCAUCUUGAUCAGCUGAUAACGUCAGAGCAGAAAAAAGAGUUUCUGGACAAUGGUCUGGGUGGUGUGGAUCUGAGCAAGUACUCCAGACUAACAUCUGACACAGAUGACUCCCAAUACGACCUCGAAAAGCUCCAAAUGGCACUUUCAUAUACGCAGAUGCGCAACAGAUCUCUGACGGUGAUGAUGGCUUAUGGGAAAAACAAAUGGCUGGUUGCCAAUGACGAAUUAGAGCGCGAGAACGAGAGCUUGGAGGCUGCAUUGUCUACGAAACGCGAGCAGAUCGAUGAAAUUAAUAGGGAGAGGAAAAGGAGACAACUGGACUACAAGCCUGUAAAGGAAUAUCUCGAGGAGAGGUGGUCUCAGGCUGUUAGAGAUUGUGUUGAAGUCGGCGUUGAGUGUGCGAGAGUUGAGCUGGAGAGGAGCUGA